AUGUCUGGCUCCUACGAUGAAUGUGCAGGUGCUGACGACACCAUGGACAGCUUUUGGGAGGUGGGGAACUACAAACGUGCUGUCAAGAGGUUUGAUGAUGGCCAUCGUCUCUGCAAUGAUCUCAUGAGCUGCCUGCAGGAACGUGCCAAGAUAGAAAAAGCCUACGGGGAUCAGCUAACUGCAUGGUCCAAAAGAUGGAGACAGCUUAUUGAGAAAGGUCCACAGUAUGGCUCUGUGGAGAGAGCCUGGUUGGCUGUGAUGACCGAAGCAGACAAAGUGAGUGAGCUGCACCAAGACGUGAAGAACAACCUGAUGAAUGAGGAUAUUGAGAAAGUGAAGAACUGGCAGAAAGAGGCAUACCAUAAGCAAAUGAUUGGAGGCUUCAAAGAGGCCAAGGAGGCCGAUGAAGGCUUCAAGAAAGCUCAGAAACCAUGGGCCAAAAAGCUCAAGGAGAUGGAGGCAGCUAAGAAAACGUACCAUAUGGCCUGCAAGGAGGAGAAGCUGGCUGCAGCCCGAGAGGCCAAUGGCAAAACCGAGGCUUCUGUCACACCAGACCAGCAGAAGAAACUCCACGAGAAAGUGGACAAAUGCAAACAGGAUGCGCAGAAGGCUAAAGAAAAGUAUGAGAAGUCUCUGGAUGAGUUGAACAAGUGCACUCCGCAGUACAUGGAAAGCAUGGAGCAGGUCUUUGACCAGUGCCAGCAGCAUGAAGUCAGGAGGCUGACCUUCCUCAAGGAGGCCCUGCUGGACAUCAAACGCCAUCUUAACCUCACCGAGAACCAAAGCUAUGCCACAAUAUACAGAGAAUUGGAGCGCACAAUCCUGGCUGCAAACACACAAGAGGACCUGAAGUGGUUCAGCAACAACCACGGCCCCGGGCAGCACAUGAACUGGCCUGCAUUUGAGGAAUACAACCCAGACCAGGCAACUGCUCCCCCAAAGAAGAAGAAACCAGACGGAGCCCCACCCACUCCGAGCACUGACCAUGUGGCUCCACCUGGUGACCGUAGCAGUGUGAGCAGCUAUGAAAAGAACCAAGCGUACUCCACCGAGUGGUCUGAUGACGAGCAGCCCACCACGUACUCCGGCAACGAAAACGGUGGGAACGGGAAUUCUUUCGAAGACGACUCCAGCGCUGGGAAGGGGGUCCGCGUGAGGGCCCUCUACGACUACGAAGGCCAGGAGCAGGAUGAACUCACCUUUAAAGCAGGUGAUGAACUGACCAAGACUGAGGAUGAAGAUGAACAAGGCUGGUGUAGAGGUCGUUUGGACAGCGGCCAAGAGGGACUAUACCCAGCCAAUUAUGUCGAGCCAAUCUAGUCACAUAACUGGAUAAGGACAUGCCACUGGAGGCAGCUUGAACUGUCCCGUCCAACAGCACCGCACAUAGCCAGA